GAGAAUUUGCACUCUCCUUAUAGGCGCCGACUCCCAAACCCUCCUUUAAGCACGGGUUCUUCAAAAGGAAGGACGACACCAUGAAGGUCCACAUGCUACUAUGGGGUACCCUGGCCGUCUUUUGGGGAGCUACUCUGGUGGCAGCUCUGGAUGAUGAUGGAGAUGAUGGAGAUGUCCUUGUUGAUAACAAGUGCAAAUGUACGAGGGUAACGUCCAAAUUCGUCCCUUCCAAGGAGGACCCCAGCGUGAAAGUUCUGGAACGAAACAUACGAGUCAUAAUCCCUCUGAAGGCUCGUCAGAAUAUCUCCGACCCGACUUCACCUCCAAGAACCCGUUUCGUCUACGAAUUGUCUAAGCUGUGCCAAAAAUGCGAUCAAACAGAAGUGGAGCUGGACCAUGAGGUUGUUACCGCCACAAGGGGUAACAGCUGUGACCGGCCCGGCGAUGACUGCUACACGUAUGACCGAAACAAGUGUUACAUGUCCACCAUUCCCUUCACCUAUGGCGGGGAGACCAAAGUGGUGAACACGGUCCUGACUCCGGAGUCCUGCUAUCCUGACUAAUUCCCCCCGCACCGACUGAGCUGCUUUCCCUCCUGUGGUCCUCCCGAGCUGACCAACAAACUUUCACCCUAUUCAUACCUUGAGAGCAAAGCCACACACAUCCGCUUGUAGAACUGCAGUGCCUAGUUUGUCCCCGUUGAUCGGAAAGCUAAAAUCCUCAAAUUGCAGGCUCAGCCUUAAAAGAUUUACCUUGAAUCUCGAGCAUUUUCACCGGGCUGUUUGGCAUCUGUUCGAAGCUAUUCUUUUCUCCCUUUUCCCAAGUGACAGGAAGAGUUAAUACGCCCCUUCUCACAGGGCAGCAAGGGAGAGGAAGUUCAGAGUCCGGACUGAUAUCCUGGAAACGUUCUGGAAAAAGGAUCUUGUUUUUGGCUCCUUAUUGGCUCGCUCAGGGGAGUAACAGUUCUUAUACGACGUCCUGUUCCGUGAACAUUAGCUGCAGGCCUGUGCCUAAGCCCCGUUAGAAGAGCAGCUUCCAGAAGCACUUGAUUAGCAAUGCACUUAUUGGUAAAUCGCAAAUCAGUUUAAUGAAUAUUUGCAGGAAAAAAGUAGGCUGAAAGAAAAGAGACAACUCUAUAUCCUCUCUAAAGGUGGGCUUCGCUGAAAGUUGUCUAUUUAAAGCAUAAUAAAACCAGUGGUUAUUUUAGGUAAGAAACUUCAUUUAUAAUCUAAGGUGACUUGAGUCAAGCUCCCUACUUCAUUUGCUUACAAAUCAUUUCAUUUACAAUCCAAGGAUAUUUGAAUUUAACUCCCUACUCCAUUUACUCUUAAAUAUUCUCUCCACGAAAGCUCACAAAUCAUAGAAAUUUGAAUCCACGGUUCCUCCUCACAGCAUCAGGAAGAAGAGGUGUUGGUCUUGUGUAACUCAGUGUCUAAACUGGCUGACGCAGAGCUUGCCUAAAUUUUGUUAAAAAAAAAUUGCUUCAUGGAUUCACAGAGUAGUCCUGAGAAAUUCUGGUAUGGCUUCAUUUAUGCUGCAAAAAUGCAUGUAUGUCUACAUAUGAAUUCCUUAACCUGAAAAAUUAAAUAUCUGCAUAAGAAA